UUCGCAGUUCACUUCAAUCUUCAAUCAAAUCAAUUUUCAUUCUCUUUUUGACGCAGUUCAUUCAUGCUUUCUUGCAAUAUCUGGUAAUGUUUUUGUAUUUGUAGUUUAUUAAAGUUUUGUAGAAAAUGUACAAGAACUAACCUAUAGGAAGUUAAUUUUGCAAUAAUGGCUAAAGAAGGUGACAUGUCACUUUUCAAUGAUGUGCUGGAACCGUUUAGGAGGGUUAUAAAUACUGACCCGCCAAAGGAAAAACUGUCGGCGUCUUCAAAAUUGAAUUUCUCCGAUACCAAUCAAUCUAUAAAAGAAGGUCUAUCUAACCUUCUUUCUUUGGGUAAAAGAAAGUCAAGUAUUGGAGCGGGGGAAGUUACUACACCAGAUAAAAGGAUACGUACCGAAGCCUCAUCUAACACAGUAUCCGUUCCCCCAUCUCCAUGGGAAGCGAAGAAGAUGAAGAUUGAUUUAAUAGCAGCUAAAGCUCAGAUCACAAGGCUUGAGGCUCGUGUGAACCACCAACAUACUAUUCGCAAGGAAAUGCAGAUCUUGUUUGAAGAGGAAAAAGUGUCUCUUAUAGAACAGCAAAAAAGGGAUGAGCGUGCUAUAGCUGAUAUGGAAGAGCGGCUACAAAUCAUAAGACGCAGGGAACAAGAACUUAAAGAUGAAUUUAGUGAAGCCUCAAAAGAACAUAGAGAAAUGAAAGCAAAUUGGGAUAGAGAUAAAGGAGAGCUAUUGAAACAAAUUGCAGAUUUAAAAAAUAAACUAUUGGAGGCAAAUGUUAGCAGUAAAGAUCAGCUCUCGGAGAUGAAGAAAGAUAUGGAUGAGCUGUUACAAGCACUAGAGGGUGCACAGUCAGAAGUAGAGAUACUUAAAAAAGAGGUUACAAGACAAACCAACAGAGCUGAACAAUGUACAUCACUGAGAACGCAACUUGAAAAACAGACUUUUGAGCUACAACAGGUCACAAAUAAGUUGAAAGAACUAGAGUAUGAGAAAGACUCAUAUAAAGAUUGGCAACAGCAAUCAAAGACCGCACAAAAACGCCUCAGCAAUAUGGCGGAAUUAGAGAAGGAAGUGACACGUCUUCGGGCUAAUGAGAGAUCACUUAGAGAUGCUGUGUGCAACAAAUUGCUAUUAGAGGAACAAGUCCAUGUGCUCACUACAAAAGUGGAGGCAUUACAACCAGUGCAACAGAAACUACAUGAAGCUAAGGUUAAAAUUGCGGCUUUGGAAACAUCAUUAGAAGAGUGGAAGACAGCAGCCCGUAACCACGGCGUGGAGAACGCUCGUGCCCUCUCAUCCGCACUUGAAUCUGCUCUUACCAACCAACUCACAGCUACUGCUGGCUGCUCGCAAGCUCAGUCACAAUUAGCUCAACUCACUGAGGAAGUGGCGACAGCUAAAUACGAGCGCGACAAGACUGCAACAAAAUUGAACGAUCUUCAAACGGUACGCAAGAACCAGGAGAGUCUCAUACACAGGUUACAGAAAAGAUUGCUGCUCGUCACUAGAGAAAGAGACAGCUAUAGGCAACAGCUGGACUGCUAUGAGAAGGAGUUGACGGUGACGUUGUCUGGGGAAGGCGGGGUGGGGGGCGCGGCGCUGGCGGCGGCUCGCAUCGAACAGCUGGAGAAGUCGUUGCAGUCCUACCGCGACCUGCUCGCCUCGCUCGACCAGACUGCGCACACCAAGCAGGUGGAGAGUCUCCGUGCAGAAGUGAACAAAUGGCGCGAAGAAGCAGAGUCGUUGCGGCGUGACGUACAGAAGCUGCACGCGCAGCGUGACGUACUGCACGCGCACCUCGAGCGGUUGCACGCGCACCCGCCCAACGACAACACCAAGGUGCUUCAUCUAACGGACAAUCCAGCUGCAGCUGCGCAGAAACAAAUUCAAACCGACUUAGAAGCAGCGCAAGAGGAGAUAAAAAGACUGACCGCAGCAUUGCGAGAGGGUGGGAGCGUCGCGUGUCCGGAGGAAAUGCAGCAGUUGCGACAACAACUUGAAAAUAGCCGUAUUAAAUUAAAAAGAAUGAAAGAAGAAUACACAUCGUGCGCCCAAGAAUACAAAGAUGUUGUCUAUAUGUUAUUAGGUUAUAAAAUUGAUAGGACUGGGCAUAACAAUUAUAGAAUUUCAAACAUGUACGCAGAAUCUGCGGAAGAGUAUUUAACAUUCACUCUGUGUGAGGAUGGUAUAGAAAUGGUGCAAACUGACUAUGCGGAAACGCUGUCCGAGUUGGUGGAACUCCAUCUACAGCAUCACCGGUCUAUACCACUAUUUCUAAGUGCGCUCACCAUGAACUUGUUUACGAGAACCACAAUGCAACAGGACGAACUCGAGUGAAGUGCUAGUGUUUGUGUAUCGGCCAAAAUUACAUAGGUGUUUACAUUUUUUUAAUAUUAAUUUUAAGGACUACAUAGGUUUUUCAAUGUAUACCACAGUUUUACAAUUAUGCAGUUGAAUGGAUGAUACUAGACUGCGUCAAUGAAGCUUAAAUGCGUUUUUUAAAUGAUGAUGGAAUAGUGAACCGCUUGAGCUAGCGCUAUGUUGGCGAGGUACCGUAUAAAGGUUGAUCCGAUAGGUUACAUUUGGGGCUAUUAGACUACCUCCUUUAGCUAUCGCUUAAACGUGGUUAGUUCAUCGAAACUGAGUGCGGAACGCGCAUGAACGAAAUUGGAAAUAAUUUAAUUUAUAUGAACUUAUCACUUCUUUAUUUUUAGUCUGGGCAGAUCUACAUAAUAAAUUAAACGAAAAUUAUUUGUUUAGGUGAUGUUACAGGUCUUUACUAUUUAAAUAAUCCUUUCAUGACUACUAAACUAAAUUAAUUAUUAAAUAUAAGAGCUUCUCUCUCGUCAGUGUAAUCUUCUUGGUAUAAUACAC